UUCUUUCCUUCGUAGCUCGUAUUUCUUGUCGUAGGAUGACGUGUGAAACCUAGGCAAAUCAGGCAGGAAAUGUGCAUUUGCAAAUGAAAUUCAUUCAAUGCAGUUAAUAAGAAACCUACACUAGUAACUCCGUUGUGGCUAUUCUCCAGCAUCUUCAAGCUACGCCAUCAUGGCAGUUUCGCUUGACGGAAUCAGCGGAGCAUUUUAGUUCCUUCGUACCGUGUGCAUACAUAUCUGUAGAAAAGCUACAGCUGAGCAAAAGUGAUUUAGAAAUACGUCCCCACAGUUUGUGAAUACUCUCAUCUGGCUGAUAUUUUCAACAGAAUCCUAGAGACUGACCAUAACAAAACAACAAGUUGCUGAAAAUGUUGUAAUACUACCUCCAGGCAAAGGGAGAUUGAGAAAGGAAGAAUCUCAGAAGACGAAACGCGCGGAAAGUGAAACAAACAAAAACCGUCCUCGGAGGAGGGAAAGUGUUUUCAUUUCGGUGAACGUGAGAUCUGGGUUGGAAAAUCGAAAACACCAAAGGGAAUACAACAAAAAAUCACUGUACACACAUUCCAACAUUCAACUGCACGAUGUCUUCACUCUCAGCAAGCGCGGAAAAUCUUUCCAGCGAUCAGAACAACGAUGGAUCGUCCAUGUGCUUGGAGCUGGCAUUGGAAGGUGAACGAUUGUGCAAAUCCGGCGACUGUCGAGCGGGUGUGGCCUUCUUUCAAGCCGCCAUCCAGGCCGGCACAGACGACCUCCGAACACUCAGUGCCAUCUACAGCCAGCUCGGCAAUGCCUACUUCUACCUGGGUGACUACGCGAAAGCGAUGCAGUACCACAAGCACGACCUCACGCUGGCCCGCUCCAUGAACGACAAGCUGGGCGAAGCCAAAUCGUCCGGCAAUCUCGGCAACACGCUCAAGGUGAUGGGCCGGUUCGACGAGGCGGCUAUCUUCUGCCAGCGCCAUCUGGCCAUCGCACGCGUCCUGCAGGACCGUCUGUCCGAAGGGCGCGCUCUCUACAACCUUGGCAACGUGUACCACGCCAAGGGCAAGCAGCUGGGCCAGAAGGAUCCGAGCUCGGACGUGUCGGCCGAGGUGCUCGAUUCGCUCCUGAAAGCGGCCGAUUUUUAUCAGCAAAAUUUAAAGCUGAUGCGCGAGCUUGGGGACCGUGGAGCGCAGGGACGAGCGUGCGGCAACUUGGGCAAUACGUACUAUCUGUUGGGCGAGUUUGAGACGGCCAUCGAGCAUCAUCAGGAGCGGCUACGAAUAGCGCGCGAGUUCGGUGAUAAGGCAGCCGAACGACGGGCGAACAGCAACCUGGGCAAUUCUCACAUCUUUCUCGGUCAGUUUGAGCAAGCGGCGAAUCACUACAAGCGUACAUUGUCCCUCUCUAUCGAGUUGGGCGAACGGGCGGUCGAAGCGCAGGCGUGCUACAGUCUCGGCAACACGUACACGCUCCUGCGCGAUUUCCCCACGGCCAUCGACUACCACCAGCGGCAUCUCGCAAUCGCGCAGGAGCUGGGCGAUCGCAUCGGCGAGGCACGUGCCUGCUGGAGUCUCGGCAAUGCCCACUCGUCGAUCGGCAAUCACGAGAAAGCGCUGCACUACGCCAACUCGCACUAUCUGCUGGCGAAGGAGCUGGGCGAUAUGGUGGGCGAAAAUACGGCCCGCAUGAACAUGUCGGAUCUACGCAAAAUCCUAGGCCUUCCGGAGCUGCCCCCGUCGGAAGGUGGCGCUCUACCUUCUUCAGGCACCGGGGAUGGGUCGACGGAAGUUGAGCCGGGCUCCCAGUAUGCAAUCCACGGACAGGCACAGUCGGUGGCAGCGGCAAAGGCGGCUUCCCUAGCGGCGGCCAGCAAACAACAUCGACUGCGCCGGCAGAGCAUGGAACAACUAGACUUAAUUAAGCUAACACCGGAUGGGAAAAAGUUGGCCCAACACAACCACAGCGUCCAGGAGAACCAAUCGACCAAUGCGCAGGUACUGCCGCCGGGUGUUGUGCAGCCGACGAAGGUGAAAAAGAACGAAAACAGCUUCAAAAACAACGAUGAAGAUUUCUUUGACUUAUUAACGCGAUCGCAGAGCAAGCGUAUGGAUGAUCAGCGUUGCACGCUAAAGCUAACGCAUGCAGAAAGUGUCGAUUCGGCGAGGAAACCAUUGACACAACACAACAGCAACCCACCGGCGGGCAAGGAAAAUAGGAACGUUCUUUUGGAGAUGAUCGCACACUUUCAGUCAGAACGAAUGGAUGAACAACGAGCACUAUUGCCCGGGCUGAAGCGAAUAUCGCUCAACAACGCCAAUAACAUAAGCCGUCCCACGAACAACAACGAGUCGGGCACGGGCUCGACGACACCGGAAGAUGCCGUCUCGAUCGGAACCCCACCGGACGAUGCAUUCCUCGAUAUGCUGAUGAGGUGUCAGGGUUCUCGUAUCGAGGAGCAACGUUCGGAGCUACCAACACCAAACAUUACGCUGGACGCGGAGGCCAGCGAUGUCCGGGCCGUCCCACCGGCAACCGUCGCAUCGAACAGUGGCGCAACCGUGCCAGAUGAGGAUUUCUUCUCACUUAUCAUGCGCCUGCAAGGGGGCCGCAUGGAAGAUCAACGUGCCACCGUUCCGCUGAACAACAAUCUUAAUCGUAGCGCCAGCGUAGACCAACAGCAGAGUAAUCAUAGCAAUGGGAAUGGGAACGGAAAUAAUAACAGCUCUAGUGCUGCUACAACGCCAGGCAAUGGGCCCAACAGCAACGUGACCAAUGGAAACUCACAGAACAAUAGUGCCACUGGACCAGCUGCUGGUGGUGGUGGUGGUGUUGGGAAAAGUCUAAAAUGAUUUUACUCGUUCGAUCGCUAGUGAUUUUCAGUGAUCGUUAGCGAUUGGGCAUGUUUCUAUUCGUCCUAGAGAAUGGGAGAAGGGAACAGCAGUGUGCCGAUAGUAAUAUCAUUCAUGUUUAAAGUUGAGUUACAUAAUGUUUUCCGCGUUCUCCGCACAUAAUCUACAGCGUUGUUAGGGAAGUACAAAACAAAAGCUAACCAAUAAGAAGAUAUGGUUAUUUUUGAAACAAAAGUUCCAUGAUUUCAUAUCAAUUCAAGUUAAAAAGCCGAAUCGAACUAAUAUCAUUCUUUGUAAAAGUAUUAACGUAUUUUUGUGCAUAGCUAAGCUUCGUAGGACGCGAAAAGGAAAAAAAAAAAUAUUAUAACACAUCAAACUAUUUGUGCCGCUAAACCAUUUUUCUGCAUCGUAGAUUUGCAUAAUUUCCAUCCCCGUCCAUAAUCUUGACUCCAGUUUUAAUUCAAUAUACCUUGUAUCAACAUAAUUUAUGCAUCGAGUAGACCACCAAUCUUAUUUGUAUUUAAAUAAACCAUUGUAACGGAAACACUUUUUGGACGGUUUUGACUCUUGGUGGUAGCAUUUUUAAUGGUAUAAAAUUGGCUGUAAACACUCCACAUUCGUUUGCUUAGCUUGAACGGAGCAAAAUGGAAUGAAUCAAUAAUACAUUACGUGUGGGAUUUUUUUUAAAGCGAACGCACUUAUACAACCAUACAGGAUUGGAUCUAAUUGUAACGCGAGCGUAAUGUCCCACCCAUAUGAAGUUAGACUUUUUAUCCCAUUCGGUCGUCUUAGAAUAAACGCGUUCUUCCCAAGGAGUA